AUGAAGCUGGGCGAGAGCAGCGAGGCGCAGGACCCGACGCUGGAGCGUUCGUUCCGCGGGCACCGCGCUGCGGUGUACAGCGUGGCGUUCAACCCGAGCAUGAAGCAGCUCAUCUCGGGCGGGGAGGACAACAUGGUCAUGGUGUGGAACUUCAAGCCCCAGCUGCGCGCCUACCGGUUCGCGGGGCACAAGGGCGCCGUCUACUCCGUGGCCUACUCGCCGACGCACCCGAUCAUCGCGUCGGGCUCCAAGGACACCACCGUGCGCCUCUGGCAGCCCACCGUGGAGGGCCGCUCGACGGUGUGCAAGGCGCACAACGGCGCGGUCCGGUCGGUGAACUUCUCGUCGGACGGGCGGUUCCUCCUCUCGGCGUCGGACGACAAGACGGUCAAGGUGUGGGCGCUGCCCAACCAAAAGUUCAAGUGCUCCUUCUCGGGGCACCUCAACUGGGUGCGGUCGGCGCAGUUCUCCCCCGACGGGCGGCUGGCGGCGUCGUGCGGCGACGACAAGACGGUCCGGCUGUGGGACGUGGAGGCGCGGCGCGGCGUGCACGUGUACGAGGACCCCGAGCACAGCGCGCUCUCCAGCGUGGCCUUCUCGCCCGACGGGACGUGCGUCGCGGCCGCGGGGCACGACCGCACCAUCCGCGUGUGGGACGUGCGCACGCACCAGCUCAUCCAGCUCUACAGCGCGCACGCGCGGGGCGUCACGGGCCUCUCCUUCCACCCCUCGGGCAACUUCCUGCUGUCCACCGCGCAGGACAGCACCGUGCGCCUCUGGGACAUGCGCGAGGGGCAGCUCAUGUACACGCUGCACGCCCACGAGGGGUCCACCAACGGCUGCGCCUUCUCCCCCGCCGGCGACUUCUUCGCCAGCGCCGGCACCGACGAGCAGGUCAUGGUCUGGAAGUCCAACUUCGACCGCAUCCUCAACAACUUCGUCGUCGCCGACGUCGAGCGCCACGAGGGCGCGCCCGUGACGCCCGGCGCGUCGCCCACGCGCGGCGCCCCCACCGUCAAGCAGACCACCGCCCGCCUCACCACGCCCCACGGACACUCCGCGCCCAGCCACGCCGCCGCCACGCCCAAGCGCAGGGCCGCCGCCGAGGCCGGACGGCACGAGGUCGAACACGGGCCCGCAGGUGUGCGCGCGGAGGAGGAGGACUUCGUGGAGUCGCCGGUCCCGCUGAACAUGGAGGGCGUCCCCGAGGGCCUCGCGGUGUCCAUCUCGCGCAUGGCGGACCAGGUGACGUCGCUCACGGUGGCCAUGUCCGGGAUGGACGAGCGGAUGUCGCUGGGCGAGGAGAAGGUGCGGCGGCUCGAGGGGAAGCUCGACGCCAUCCUCUCCGCGCUCGGGGUGUACACCGGGACGCAGGGCGGCGCCCCCGUCAGCCAACCCGCCGCACCUGCCAGCGCGCCCCCGCCCGCGAGCUCCGUGCCGAGCUGA